GCAACAUAUGGCAAAACUUAUAUAGUGCGCGUCCGAUUCGCCAUCCAGUUGCUGUCCCCACCUUCAUUGGUCAUUUGUCAAUGUUUAUGGCCAAAACUUUGAUGAACAUAAACCCGUAAGUGACGACAGUUAUCGGUUUUGGAGACACGCAACAAAUCUACAACUGCCAAUAUGAAGAACCUAAGACUCUUGACUCUGUUCUGCUGCUCGCUAUUUUUGGCCAGUGAGUGCCAAAAUGACAAUGGAGCUGCUUAUAUGUUUCAAAAGACGUCCUUCUCGUGCACCGGACGGCCGGCUGGCUAUUAUGCUGAUGUCGAAACGGGCUGUCAGAUCUAUCACAUGUGUGAUGGCCUCGGGCGACAGUUCAGCUAUACCUGUCCGAACACCACACUGUUUCAGCAGCGCAUGCUCAUAUGCGACCAUUGGUAUAUGGUCAAUUGUUCCAAGGCAGAGAGCGACUACGCGGCUAAUCUGCUGAUAGGUCAACGGGACAAGCCUUUUGUCAACGACGAGGAGAACAGUUUACGCACACCACGCCCCGAUCUGCUAGACAGACCCUAUGCGCCAGACUAUUCUGGCGAGUCCUUUAGAAACCAGUAUAAGCAAUUGACGGCAGUACAGAAUCAAAUACACGACGAGUCGAACAAAAUGGCUCAGAAACCUGCAUUACAGCAAAUAAUCAGCGGACAGACGCAUUGGCGCAUACCCGCACCCAGCCGCACCAUACUACCUCCGGCAUAUGAGCCACAAAUAGAGCUGUCCUCUACAACGACGCCCAGAACCACCAAGAGAACCACAGCCAGCACCACCACAGAAGCGCCAAUCAUUCGUCAAACGAGCACACGCAAGAUCCAACGCUUUGUCUCCAUCACGAAGCCCACAAAGCGAACGAUCUUCAAUGAGGCACUGCAUCCACGCAAACCACAAGUGUUUGCCAACACCAUUGACGCAGAUGAUUUGGGCACCAGUCACAGCACUCGCUAUAAUACCUCGGCUGAUUUCAAUUCGGCGGAGCUGACGACAAAGACGCAGAAGGCCAACAAAACUUCAGUUAAGACACCUUCGAAAAUUUACGAGCCUCCAUUUUUAUACCCCAUUUACAAUCAGGAGGAUGAGGAGAGACAGACGCCAACCCUACUGCGAACCUCGACAGCAGCGCCAUUUAGCACAGCAGCCAUGCAAACUCCAAAAGUAACCACAACCACCACCACCGCACGCCCCAUCAGCCGACCCACUACCUAUGCAGGCCUGCCCUUCACCACAUCUCCCACAACAUCCACAACAGUGACGCGGACAUCCCAAAGUAUCCGUACGCCAACGCCUACCCCCAAAACGGAGCUACGCACACCCGCACCUGCCCAAAGUUUUCGCCUAGCCACCCCAACCGUCUCGUCAAAUACGCAGCAUCGCCAGAUAGCACCGCAACUGCCUUACGCCGAUCUGUUGCCACCAUUUGUGGACUUUGUGGCACACGACAUAGCCACCACGCAAGGACCACCCAUUUACUACGAAUGGAAGGUGCCUUCUAAUGGCCUCGAGCCACCAAAGUUCGAUGCGCCCAUAGGUGUGGAUGGCCGAGAAUAUCCCGAGACCAACAACGACUAUACUGCCAAGAGCACGCAAAACAGUAUUUUUAAUACGAAGCUAAACGAUAUAGCCAGCGACCCGGCGUCCCUGAAGUCAUUGAUGCCAGAAACACGCACUCCCAUCUCCCGUUCAGUCAAGGCUGAAGCCACGGUUCAGAGUGUCACCGAAAAGGCGCAGAGACGCGCAGACGUGCUGAGCUCUAUUUCCAGCUCCAACUCUAGAGGCGCUGGCGCGGAUAUCACACAACUGCGCAAGGAACUACUUAUACCCGAAUAUGCAUUUCCGCUGGAGAACAUUGGACGCACAGGCUAUGGCUCGGGCGAUAUAUACAACUCCUUUCAGUUGAAAAUACCCGAGCAGGUGAGAAGCAGUAACAGUGCGCCCUCAAAGCGCCAUUGGUUCGGCGAAAAUCCCAAGUGCCCGGAGUGCCAUCCAUCUUUCGUUAUACCAGGCACAUGCGAGCCCUGCCUCCAGAGAUAGUUCACCUAAUUAG